GAAAAUUCUGAGAAAAUUGAACAGACAAGAUCUGCAGAGAAAAAAUCAUUAAAAGUGGAUAAAUAUAUGAAACCGAAAGGGGUAUAUUGUUCUGGUAAAUUAGUGAAGAAAGAACAAGUAUCUUUACCAGAAACGAAAACACAAAUUGAGGGAAUUUUAAGGGAGGGAUCCAAAGCGUUACUUAACUCAAGUUUUACGGAAGCUUGUAAAAGCUAUAAAAAGCCUUGGAUAUGAUUGAUGCUGGACCUCGAAAGUCGUUGGACUAUGAUGACAUGAAGUACGCCGUAGUUUUAUAUGCCUAUGGAACUGCAUUAGCCGGCACUGGUCUACAUAUGAACAUAGAAACCGCAAGAAGUAUAUUUCAGAAUAUAAUAACAUCUUUGAAAACUAUAAACUUUCCUCUCGCUUAUUACGGUCUUAGUAGGAGUCUCAUUCGUCAAAAUAGAUUUCAUGAGGCUAUCCAAAUUUUGAACGAAGGAUUGAAUCUUAUGAAUCAAUUAACGUGCGAAAUAAAUUGGCCUGGAACUGACAUUGUUAUUGAUGAGACUCAAACAGGGAAGCUUGAGAGCUCAUUAAAUAAUGCUUUAACCACUUGUAAAUAUCCGCCUAAAGCAGACGCAAUAUGUCGCUACGAGAAAUGCUUAGGAAUGAAGAAAAGUAUUUAUAUUUCAGAUCUAGAUUAUAACGGUUACGUUGGAAUCGUAUGCACAGAAGCCUGUUUAGUUGAAUAUCAUAUCCAAUGUUGGAAAAAGUUUAAGUCAAGUUUUAUCGAUUUGUCAAGUGACAAGGAUUUCCUUGGUACGAAGUGUAUUACAAGCAAUUGUAAUGGCGAAAUCAAACUGAUAAAGAUUUAUGAUUCAGAGGGUCUAAAAACUGAGCUUCUUUCAGACAAACUAAAAUUAAAAAAAGAUAAAGUCCAGGUGACCGUAAAUUCUAAGAAAAAGAAACGAUCAAAGAAGAAAGGAAAACAUGUGGCUUCCGAAGACAGUAUGAAAGAACGUGUUUCUGAAGUAUUAGAUGAAAAACCUUGUAGUCUACCAUCCGAUGAAAUGCAAUCUUUAGAUAUUCCACUUAAAGAUGAAAAAGAUCCAUCCAAAGAAAAAAUUCACCUGACUGAAAAAGAUCACGAAGAACUCUCCAUGGUUCCAGAAUCUGGGAUGUUUGUACUGAAGAAAGAUUACGAUCAGACAGAAAAUCUGGGGACAAAACCUUUGAAAGGAAAGCAUAGAAAAAAGAAAACUAAGAAUGUUCAGUCAUUAGAUGAGUUCCUGGGUCCUGAUAAUGAAAAUUUACGUCUUCGUCCUUACCAACACGAUGAAGAAAACUAUGAUGAAAUUCCAUCGGAAUCUUUUACUCGUCGCCCACCUGAAGGUUGGAACAGAAAUUUAUUCUCAAUUCCUGCUCAUUUAAAACACGAAGCUCAAGAGAUUGAAAACUCUCUCUCUCUAAGCAAUCACGAUUCCAUCCGAGAAUACGUCUGUUCAGCUUUUAAUAACUUACUUAAAGUGCAAGGUCCUUUGCAUAUUGAAUCUGAUCAAAUGGAAAGACUCUUUAAUAUUAUGCCCGAAGAAGUACAUUCAAUCGUACGAGACGAAGGAGGAUUGCGCAAAUUUCUUAAAAAUUUGAAUUUUAUUAUCGAAGGAGAUAUCAUUCAAAGCUAUGAAGAUAAACUUAUAACAGACAGGAAAAUGUCUCUUACCAAGCCAUAUGAAGAGAACACUAAAAAUGCUACAGAAGGGGAUAUUUUUACUGCUAAAAUAGUGCAUUUAUCAAAUGCUACUGGUAAAGAAUAUUUAAGAAAUAACACGGAUGACCUGAGUUUAACUGGGACUUAUUUUGAAAAUGGCGUCAAUUUUGAUAGUUGGGUUAGAGCCAAGGAGUUCAUGCCUUCGCAAAAAAGUUUACCAACUUCAAAUGAUGCAGUAGGAUUUCACGAAAUACAUGUCUUAACAGAUGAUAUUGACCGAGCAAAUAAUCUAAAUCUCUUGGAAACAAGUGUUAAUUGCAUGGAUGAAAAAACUAAUGAUGCAUUAAGCACUGCAAACAGUGCAAAAGCAUUUUAUUCAAAAAGAGAGGAGAGUGCAACGGUUUACCCUGAAACAUAUAACUCUUUAAACUCCUUACCAGCUGAUCAUGGCGAGAACAUUUAUAAAAUAAGUUCUGUUGAUCAUUCAGAUGACGUCAAACAAGUUUUUAUGAGGGAGAAAGAAAUCAGUAUAGUUGGCGAUAGUGAUACUUCAUCUAGCAUUAUGAAGUAUGUUAGAACUACGGUUGCUACACAAACAACUGCGUCGUCUUUGUCAAAAGAAUAUACUGAGGAUAUUAUGAAAGAAUCAAAAAAUGAAACUAUUGUUGAUAAUGAUUCCAAGACUAAACUGGCCGUAAAUAUAACACAUCAACAUGUUGAGCGUAAAAGCACUAAAGAAAAGGGUAUUCUGUGCAAACCAAAUACAAAAACAAAAAUAACAAUGACGGAUCCGACAAGCGAACUCACCAAAGUUGAGGUUGAUAAAUUGCUGCGAUCAGCUAAAACAUGGGAAAAUAAAUAUUUAGACGAACAAGUUAAAAAUACUCGAAUGGAAAAAAAUUAUAAAACGGAGAUUGGCAAUCUGCAAAAGAGGCUUCAGGAGUGCAGACAGAAUCUUCAGGUUUUAGCUGAAGAACAUGAAGAAUAUAAAGCAUUUCAUAGUCGUGAGAUACAAGAUUUUACGACAGAAAAACGUGAAAGAGAUGAACGCAUCAAGCAAUUGGAAGAAAAAGUUAUCUUAACAGUUGUGGGUGAAGAAAGACGAAGAGAAGAGCUACAGGUCGAGCUUACUGCUCUUAGGAAAGAGAAAGAACAAUGGAAGCUCGAUGAAGGAAAACUAAGAAAAUUGUUAGAAUUACAAGCCAAAAGAGCGUGUGAUGCUGAGAUUAAUUUUUUGGAGCUACAGCGAAGUGUCAAUUUUGGUGCCUUUACGCGAGCUUUACAAGAAUCAGAGCUAACUUUGCAUCAUAUAAAUCAAAUACUUUCUGCUAACAGUUUUACACCUCAACUUCAAGAUUUCAAAGUACAAUGGCAGCGUUAUAUCGUCGAUUGCAAGUUUAAAUUUGAUAGAAAUAAGUCAAUGUUUGAUUCUAGCAUAACGAAACUGAAAGAAGGAAUUCCGUUGUCAUCUUUAACAUCUCUCCGUAUUGUUCACCCUAGUCCUUAUCCUGGACCCCCUAUACUACAAUUGCCUCCUGGUAUUUCUGCUCCUCCGGGAAAUAAAACAUUUCCUAAACAUGUAAACAAAUCAAAUCAAGCUACGGUAUCAACUCACGGAUCAUUUGCUUUCCCUGGUGGCACCUCUACUUCUAUGGGUUUUCGAAGUUUAGGUCCUGAAAGGUUUCCUGUAAAUCCAACCACUUCUACCAACCACAAAGAGUCCGAAACGGAUACUAAACCAGCAAACAAUUAUGAAAAAAUCAUCCUUAGAUUAUCCACGCAAUUUCCUUGUUAUACCAGAAACGAGAUAAUUUUCUUCAUAAAAAAAUUGAGAGCAAGUAAAAGUGGAUCAUUGACUGGGUUGUCUUUUGAUGAUGUUGUUGAUUGUGUUGCCAAAUUAAUCAAAGAAAGAGAACAACAGAUGAGUAACGCUAUUGCAUCUGCAGCAGCUGGACCUAGUAAUUCUAUAGCAACUCGUGCUCAGACUUCUGCGUCUAGAACAUCUUCAUUACCGUUAACAAGACCUCAAUCAACAUUACCUCAAAAACCUUCAACUUCAGCCAGUAAACUUGCUCCUACCGCCAUCAAACCAGUGAUCCAGGCAUCAAAAUCCUUAGCUACAUCUGCCUUUACAACAACAAAAACGGUUUCUAGCGCUUCGCUAUUGUGUUACGAAGAUCCAUGUGUCAUUUGCCAUGAUGAAAUGAGUGACGCUACAAAAAAUGUUUCCUUAGAUUGUGGGCAUAAAUUUCAUCACGAUUGCAUUAAAAAGUGGUUGACUGGCGAGCAAAGUACCUGUCCUACUUGCCGUGUUCAUGCUCUUUUACCUGAUGAAUUUCCUCAGCUAAAGUGAAUGCUUUACUUUCAUCUUAUAAAUGUUUUGUGAAAUUGUUUUUUUUUUGUUGCUUGUUAUGUGGGAAAGAUUUUUUUUUAAUUUCUAUUUGUUACGGAUACUACAAACUGAUCAAAAAGGAAGUUGGCUGCAAUCACGUUUUUCUAAACAUUAUACGUUAAUUAUGAUCAAUCUAUCAAUUAGGUUAUGGCUCUUGUUUAUAUAUAUUAAUCAUAUUGUGUGCUAUGUUGUAGACAUAUUCAGCUCUUUCAUUUGUCCA